AUGCGGGUCCUUCGUUUCGCCUGUCUUUCAACUAGGUUCCUUUCUAGUGAUGUGACAUCACGUAAAUGUUCACGAAAUAAUAUAAAUCUCGGCAAACUCAUCGAUACGUUGCUUACGGAGUAUGAUGAGCAUUUGUUGCCAGAAUCCGAAGGAGUGAACGUCACUAUCGAAUUGCACGUACAGGGUGUGUCUGGCAUAUCGGAAAUCACUGGCGAUUUUUCCUUGGACGUGAUGUAUAGUGAGAUAUGGCAAGAUCCACGACUCGCCUUCAAGCAUCUUAAUGUCUGCGCUACGAAUAUAACAUUAAAAUCCGAUUUUCGUAAACGAAUAUGGACUCCCGACACGUGCAUCAUUAACAGCAAGUCGAGUUCGAUUCAUAGCUCACCUUCAGAGAACACAUUUGUGAUUCUCUACGAGAAUGGACUUGUAUGGAGUAAUUUCAGGUUAAAUGUGAAGACACCAUGUUCCGUUAACCUUAAGAUGUUCCCAUUUGAUUCUUUAUCAUGUGAAAUUGUACUGGAGAGCUAUUCGUUCAAUACGGAUGAAGUCAGACUUCAGUGGCAUGAUGUGCCAAUCACAAUGAUGGAGAAGGUCGAGUUACCAGAUUUCGACCUAAUCGGAUGGUCAACCGAUCAUCAGCGUCUGGAGUACCCGAAUGGUAUAUGGGAUCGAGCAAAGGUAAAAUUCACCUUCGCAAGGCGAUAUGGCUUCUAUCUCUUCCAGUCAUAUUUUCCCACCUCGUUGACUGUUAUUAGUUCAUGGGUCGGUUUCUUCUUUGACGUUAGAUCCGUUUCGGCCAGAAUAACGCUUGGUGUCUCAUCUCUACUCGCUCUUACUUUCCAGUUCGGCAAUGUUUUGCGCCACCUGCCUCGUGUUAGCUAUAUAAAAUGCCUUGAUGUGUGGAUGUUAUUCUCUGUUAUUUUCAUUUUCUGUACACUCGUUGAACUAGCUAUUGUUUGUCAAUUAAACAGGUGGGAACGUGAGCGGCAGAUUGGCUCGAAAGUGCUUGGUCAUUGGCUCAAUCAAAUACGGUUGGUCACUUUUUAUUUUCUUUUCCACUUACGAAAUCUAGUACGUAUAAAACUUAAAAGAACAAGUUCUCCAUCAAGCGAAUUGAUGGGUAACAACGCCGUAAUCUCCCAGACUGUGAACUCGGUGACAUCCGAUGAAAAUAGUUAUUCAUUCGAUGACGAAAAAAGGCACGCUCGUUGGCGCAGACUCGUGCAACGUUUUGUGUACUCAUUUUGUCCUCCCGAUCGAGAGUGGAACCUCACUUCAAUACAGGUAGAUCGUUGCUCAAUGAUAAUGUUCCCGUUGGCGUUUCUCUUUUUCAACAUUGUAUAUUGGUCAAUAUAUUUCGCCAAAAUGGAUCGUCCGAUGUGA